CGCAGGUGAAGCUGGGAAGCGCGGAGCCAUCUUGGUGCCCGCGCCGGGCAGAGACCCGCUGCUGCCGCCGCCGCGCCAGGACAGCGAACCGCCACCGGGCCGGGCACGGGGGGGCGUCCGCGCGCGGGGCCCCGCCGGCCAUGGGCACCUAGAGCCGCGGGGUGCAACCGCGACGGGAGCGGUGGCGGCGGCGAGAAGGAGAAGGCUAAGGCUGCCCCCCGCCCCUACUCGCCGGCCACCAGAGCCGGGCUCUCCCUGCCUGCCGCCCCCAUGAGGCCGGAGCCGCUGCCCGCCGCCCGCUGGCGCCGGUGACCAGCCGCCGAGAGGUCGCGCCGCCCCCGCCGCGGGCACCCUGGCCCCGCUGGGCCGUUUUUAAGCCUUGGCGAGCGGGAGGGAAGUUGUGUCCCCCGCCGCCCCUUCCCGCCCUCCCUCCGGUUCCUGCGCCGAGUGAGACAAGCACGACCCCGGAGCGCUGCCCCGCCGCAGCCCCCUGCUGUGCCCCGGCACCCCUGAACCAGCUGGCCCCGCCCCCGCCCCGGCCGGCGCCUGGGACCCCCGCCGUGCCCGGCAGCACCUGGCCCGCCCGGCGGCCCGCGGGGGCUGGCGGCCGCCCCGCCUCAAGUACAGCUCGUGGACAUAAGCAUUUUUUUAACUUUUUAAGGAACUUGGAGGGUUUUUUCCUUGUUAUUGGUUGGUUGUUUUUUUUCCCUGCGAUUUUUAUGAGCUUCCCCUGCGUCGCUUUCCUGCUUCUCCCACCUCGGCCAGCACUGGCUCUCCGUUCCCGGCACUGUAGGAUGGGGAUCGAACCAAAACUGAGGCGUUAAGUCUCGCAGGAGCCCGCCAGGCCAUCCACCUGUUAAAAAGUGAGCAGUGCUGUGCCUGCCUUUCUUCUUUUCCCCUCGCGUUGCCUGUCGGAUGUGAUGGAACUCAUGUUCGCAGAGUGGGAGGACGGGGAGAGGUUCUCGUUUGAAGACUCGGAUCGCUUUGAAGAAGACUCUCUUUGUUCCUUCAUCUCUGAGGCAGAGAGCCUUUGCCAGAACUGGAGAGGAUGGAGGAAGCAAUCCGCUGGACCCAAUUCUCCCACUGUCAAAAUGAAAGAUGGGUUGGUGAUCCCAUUGGUGGAACUGUCUGCAAAACAGGUUGCAUUUCACAUUCCAUUCGAGGUGGUGGAGAAGGUUUAUCCUCCAGUGCCCGAGCAACUGCAGCUUCGAAUCGCUUUCUGGAGUUUCCCAGAAAAUGAGGAAGAUAUCAGAUUGUACUCGUGUUUGGCGAAUGGCAGUGCAGAUGAGUUCCAGCGAGGGGAACAACUGUUCCGGGUGCGGGCUGUCAAAGACCCUCUCCAGAUAGGCUUCCAUCUGAGUGCCACUGUGGUACCCCCACAGAUGGUGCCACCCAAAGGUGCGUACAACGUGGCGGUGAUGUUUGACCGAUGCAGGAUCACCUCGUGCAGCUGUACCUGUGGCGCUGGGGCCAAGUGGUGUGCUCACGUCGUGGCGCUCUGCCUCUUCCGGAUACACAACGCGUCCGCGGUAUGCUUACGAGCACCUGUUUCUGAGUCCUUGUCUCGGCUACAAAGAGACCAGUUGCAAAAAUUUGCUCAGUACCUAAUCAGUGAACUUCCACAACAGAUUCUCCCAACAGCUCAGCGCUUGCUGGAUGAACUGUUAUCUUCUCAGUCUACUGCCAUCAAUACAGUGUGUGGAGCCCCAGAUCCCACUGCUGGACCCUCUGCAUCAGAUCAAAGCACCUGGUACUUAGAUGAAUCUACUCUGAGUGACAACAUAAAGAAAACCCUUCAUAAAUUCUGUGGACCUUCUCCUGUUGUUUUCAGUGAUGUGAAUUCAAUGUAUCUCUCUUCCACGGAGCCACCAGCUGCUGCUGAGUGGGCCUGUCUCCUGCGUCCCCUGCGAGGAAGAGAGCCUGAAGGAAUCUGGAACCUGCUUUCCAUUGUGCGGGAGAUGUUUAAGAGGCGGGAUAGCAAUGCAGCUCCUUUGCUGGAGAUUCUGACUGACCAGUGUCUCAACUAUGAGCAGAUAACCGGCUGGUGGUACAGCGUGCGAACAUCUGCAUCACACAGCAGUGCUAGUGGGCAUACGGGACGCAGCAACGGCCAGUCAGAAGUAGCUGCUCAUGCUUGUGCAAGUAUGUGUGAUGAGAUGGUGGUUCUUUGGAGGCUGGCUGUCCUUGACCCAACUAUUAGUCCACAGAGGCGCAGGGACCUUUGCUCACAGCUCAGACAGUGGCAGCUGAAAGUCAUAGAUAAUGUUAAGAGGGGUCAGCACAAGAAAUCACUUGAGAAGCUCUUCCAGGGUUUCAAGCCAGCUGUGGAAGCCUGUUACUUCAACUGGGAGGAAGCUUAUCCCAUUCCUGGGAUCACAUAUAGCAGCACUGACAAGAAGAACUCGUUCUGUUGGGUAAAGGCCAUCCAGCAGAGGAGCUGCCGGUUGCAGUGUGCAGAAACUGCCUGUGAGUCUGGGAGAACCCAUGGACAGGAGCCUGGGGGACCAUGUCUGCAGCCUGGGGACAGGUUGCGUCCCUCUCCCCAGGAGCCAGCAGUCCGUCCAAAGGAACUUACUGGAAAGCGGAAAGUUGUCUCUGAAACACCACAGAGGGUUCUGAGACGACUUUCAGCAGAAGGUGAUAAAGCUGUGUAUAAGACUGCAGUGGGUAAAGCAAAGUUGCCAGUGAGCAAAGGCUUGACCAGUAAACAUAGUGGGAAACGUCGCAUGAGCAGUGAAGACAGCUCUCUGGAGCCGGACUUGGCAGAGAUGAGCCUGGAUGACAGCAGCUUGGCUCUGGGGGCAGAAGCCAGCAACACGUUCAGUUUUACAGAAAGCCCGCUGAGCAGGAGCUACAGGGAUGCCUUUGAGGAGGAUGGUGGGGUGUACUUCUCUGAGGGACCUGAGCCCAGUGUCAGGAGCAGUUCGAUGGCCAAGAAAUCGCCCAAGGAUCCUGUGGGGGAGAUGGGUAGCGGUGAUGAUGACCUGCCUUCUGCAGAUGAGAACAGUGGUGGUGUGAGCCUGAAACCAGAAGAAGUGGGAGAGAACGGUGCAGCAGGAGGAGGGGAUGACGGAGAAGAGGAAGACGAUUACCAGGUAUACUAUUUGAACCCACAAGAGGUAGCCAAGGAAGAUGAUGACAAAGCUGAAGGGGGAAAUGAAGAGGAACAAGAUAUAUUUGCUGGUAUAAAGCCUCUGGAGCAGGAGAACCGGAUGGAGAUCCUCUUUGCCUGUGCAGAGGCCCUGCAUGCACACGGAUACAGUAAUGAAGCAUGCCGCUUAACUGUAGAGCUCGCCAGGGACCUACUGGCCAACCCUCCAGAUCUCAAAGUGGAGCAGCCACCGACUAAGGGCAAAAAGAACAAGGUAUCGACCAGCAAGCAGACGUGGAUGGCAACCAACACCUUGUCUAAAGCUGCUUUCUUGCUGACUGUGUUGAGUGAGCGGCUGGAGUACCACAACCUGGCCUUCCGAAUAGGAAUGUUUGCUCUGGAGCUGCAGAGACCACCUGCCUCUACAAAGGCUCUGGAGGGUUGUGCGGUCCCUGGAGGUGUGCAUUGUUGCUCGGUGAAGCUGGCAUAUCAGGAGUCUGAGAUUGUAGCCCUCUUGAAAAAGAUUCCCUUGGGCACUAAUGAGAUGAACACUAUUCGAGGAAGAGCUGAAGAACUGCGAGAAGGGACACUAUGUGAUUACCGUCCUGUCCUGCCUCUGAUGCUGGCUAGCUUUAUAUUUGAUGUCCUGUGCACCCCAGUGGUUUCUCCUACAGGCUCUAGACCUCCAAGCCGUAAUUGGAAUAAUGAAAUGCCUGGAGAUGAAGAGCUUGGUUUUGAGGCAGCUGUUGCUGCUCUUGGCAUGAAAACAACUGUCAGUGAAGCAGAACAUCCUCUGUUGUGUGAAGGCACCCGAAGGGAGAAAGGGGAUCUGGCACUAGCCCUGAUGAUCACUUACAAGGAUGAUCAGUCUAAGCUGAAGAAGAUUUUGGACAAACUCCUGGACAGAGAGAGUCAAACUCACAAACCACAGACACUGAGUUCCUUCUACUCAUCCAGCAAGCCUACAGUAGCAAAUCAAAAAUCUCCUUCCAAACACGCUGCCCAGUCCACUGCAGCUAUCCAACAGCUCCCAGGGACUUCUGUCACUCAGCAAGCUGCUGUGAGCACUGCAGUCCAGAGCAGUCCCGAGAACUUCGUGGAGAAGAGCGCACAGGAGAGCUCUCAGAGGUCCCCCUGUGAGCCAGCUGCAGAGGCCACUGUCUUGAAACAAGAAGGAAAGGUCCCCAGUCGUCUGGCCCUUGGAAACCGUGGUGGAUACAACGGGAGGUGCUGGGGUUCGCCUGUCAGGCAGAAGAAGAAACACACAGGCAUGGCUAGUAUUGACAGCAGCGCUCCUGAAACCACCUCUGACAGUUCUCCAACGCUCAGUCGGCGGCCGCUACGUGGGGGAUGGGCAACAACAUCCUGGGGCAGAGGACAGGACAGUGACAGCAUCAGCAGUUCUUCAAGUGAUUCGCUGGGAUCCUCCUCUUCCAGUGGCAGUAGGAGAGCCAGCGGGGGAGCCCGUGCAAAGACUGUGGAAGUUGGCAGGUAUAAAGGGAGGCGGCUGGAGAGCCAUGCUCCUCAUGUCCCAAACCAGCCCUCAGAGGCAGCUGCUCACUUCUACUUUGAAUUGGCCAAGACAGUCCUUAUCAAAGCAGGUGGAAACAGCAGCACCUCUAUCUUCACCCACCCUUCCUCCAGUGGUGGGCACCAGGGACCACACCGCAACCUUCACCUCUGCGCCUUCGAGAUUGGGCUGUAUGCACUAGGGCUGCACAACUUUGUGUCUCCCAACUGGCUCUCUCGAACUUACUCCUCCCAUGUCUCUUGGAUCACAGGGCAGGCCAUGGAGAUCGGUAGCGCAGCCUUGAACAUCCUGGUGGAGUGUUGGGAUGGACAUCUGACUCCCCCAGAGGUGGCAUCGUUGGCAGACAGAGCUUCACGGGCCAGAGACUCCAACAUGGUGCGGGCAGCGGCUGAACUGGCACUCAGCUGCCUGCCCCACGCCCAUGCCCUGAACCCAAAUGAGAUCCAGAGGGCUCUGGUGCAGUGUAAGGAACAGGACAAUCUGAUGCUGGAAAAGGCCUGUAUGGCAGUAGAAGAGGCAGCCAAAGGAGGUGGUGUCUACCCAGAAGUCCUCUUUGAAGUAGCUCACCAGUGGUACUGGCUCUACGAACAGACUGUUGGCGGCACCCCGGCCCAGAGAGAAGGUGCCACUGGCUGCAGUGCCAGUGGUGCGCGGGCUGCCUCUGAAGCAGCACGUGGGUUGACAGACAACCGGGUGACCUCUGAGCCAACCACUGUAACAGUGGCAGCUGCGGUAACCGCCGCAGCAACAGUCAUGCCGGUGAUCUCUGUGGGGUCCACCAUGUACCAGCAGCACACAAUGGCAGGGCCGGCGAUGGCACAUACACACACGCAGGGUCUCCACCCUUACACCACCCUUCAGACUCACAUCCCCUGUAAUCCCCAGUAUAUCGGACACACUAUCCAGCACAUGCCGCGCCCAGCUGUCUUCCCGGUCCCUGGCUCAGCGUACCCGCAGGGUGUCCAUCCAGCAUUCAUAGGAGCGCAGUACCCUUACUCAGUAACAACGCCAUCACUGGCAGCUACAGCAGUGUCAUUCCCUGGCGUGCCCGUCCCAUCCAUGACGCAGAUUGCAGUGCAUCCCUAUCACAGUGAGACAGGACUGUCACUGUCUUCCAAUGUAGCCAUAGGAAGUGUCCAUGCAGGAUCAACGUUCCCAGCGAUUCAGGGGGCUUCCUUGACAACUCUGUCCUCACAGCCCAACUCCCUUGUUACAGGGGGUUUUCCUGCCGAGGAUGAGCAGCACAGUCAGCCUGUGAGCCCCCAGGGUCUGCACUACCUCCACUCCGCAUACCGAGUUGGGAUGCUGGCUCUGGAGAUGCUUGGCCGAAGAGCUCACAACGACCAUCCCAACAACUUCUCCCGCAGCCCACCCUACACAGAGGAUGUAAAAUGGCUCCUUGGGUUAGCUGCGAAGUUAGGUGUAAACUACGUGCAUCAGUUUUGCGUUGGCGCAGCCAAGGGGGUGCUGAGCCCUUUUGUGCUCCAGGAGAUCAUCAUGGAAGCUCUACAGAGGCUCAACCCUGCCCAUGUGCACAACCACCUGCGCACCCCAGCCUUCCACCAGCUGGUGCAGAGGUGCCAGCAGGCCUACCUGCAGUACAUCCAUCAUCGGCUGAUCCAUCUCACUCCAGCUGACUACGAUGACUUUGUGAAUGCCAUCCGCAGCGCCAGAAGCGCCUUCUGCCUGACUCCCAUGGGCAUGAUGCAGUUUAAUGAUAUUCUCCAGAACCUAAAGCGCAGCAAGCAAACAAAGGAGCUGUGGCAAAGGGUCUCUCUGGAAAUGACCACCUUCUCGCCGUGACAGCGGGCGGAGCUCCACGGACACACAACCCUUUGUCUCGCAUAGUUGUAGUUCCAUUUACACCAUCCUUCCUUCUGGUGUCUUUUUUAAUUUUAGUUUUAACUUGUUGGAAACCACUGAUCUGAUGUAUUUAUACCAUGACAUUCCUCUCCAGCACUGUUGCGUGUUGGCGCUCUGCUUUGCUCGCUCUUCCUCCUCCUCCUCAGUGGGCUGCAGGCUUUCAGAAGCAUCAGGAAAUGAGAAGGAAGUUGAGCUGGCUGCCCUGUGGUGUAGUCACCGCUUUUUUCCCUGAGCCCCUGGAGGCUGUCCUGCGAGCAGUUUGCAGUGUGAUUACGCACGUGUUAGAGGGGUGGGGAUUCUGUCUUAAAUAUUUAUUUUGGCAUUUAUAAAUAUGUAAACUUUUUUUUUUUUUAAUGGGCUUCUCUUACUCCACACACCAUCUCUUGGGAGAGGCUGGGACUGCUGUGCACAGCCAGUGCUCCCUCCAUGCCUUCCAGCAGCUCCUGCAGAGAGGAGCUGAGGCUGGCGCAGCAGGGCCAGGGCCACAGCUUUCUGCGGCAGCUGCUGAGGGCAGAGGCUGCAGCUCGGGCAGUCGGAGGCCGGGACUGCGCUGAGCUGCCUGGAGGCUGCCAGAAGUGCUUGGGCUGUUUCUCAGGAGUGUCCCUCACUGGGCGCUGCUGGCUCAUAGGAUGUUUUGAUCCUGGUUGUUCAGAGUUGUACAAUCGUGUUUCUUUUGGCUGGGGUAUUACUCUCCUGUAAUCAGUUUCUUAUCCCUUGUCUCUUCUCGUUUCCUGAUUAAACACUCGUUUUCUUAGACUGA